CUGGCUGCUUAUCUGUGUUUUUAUUCUGUUGAGUGAGUUCGUCGAGAGAGGUACAGAAGAAGUGCAAGCAAGUCGGUGGCGCAUAUUCCCAUGCGCAGUGCGCUAGAAAUUACACAUAACUUUAAUAAAAUUUCAACGGAGCUGUAGUAUUACAACAUCUUAUAGUUGUAUAAACAAAUAUUUAACAACAAUUGUGCUGCGAACAUAUCGAACCAGAAAGCAACUGUACACAUCGUGCUCUCUUACUCUCGGAGACAACAACGCAACUCGCUGGCAACAAAAGUUCGUGCUUUGAGUGGAAUAUUUAGUCUCAGUGCAAGCGAAGGUGAUUAUAUUGUUUAUAAUUAAUUUAUAAACAAAUUGCCAGGCAACAAUUUUUUGGAGUAAAAAAAGUGUAAAAGACAACGCAAAAAAGACCUUGCAAUAGCGCUACACAUACAGAAACGUUUUACUCGCUCUCGCUCCGACAGACCUUGUGGAGACCAGUGCUCUCCCCAGUUAACGUGUGUGUUGCGUGUGUGCGUGAACGUGGAGACUGCCCCUCCGAAAACAAAAGUUUUGGCGCCAAAACUUUGACAGUUCGCUUUGUCGUGCAAUUUGCAAACAAGUGACCCAAAGCAGAAACGACAAAACUGCGUCGCACAGUCAAAACAGCCAAAGGAGCCAAAACAGGGCUGCCCCCAGUGCCACAUCCAGACACCAGAUAUACCCACAAACAGCAAACAUGGUCAGUGCACGUGUGCUAAAUCCCGUCAUGCUCAGUGAGUUCUGCAAGAUAAGUGCCAGUCCGUUGAUCAGUCGCAAUUUGCCCUGCGGCUAUCAGGUGAAUCGCAUCAAGCGCAAUCUCUUCGGCAGUCCCAGUACCACGGAGGCCACCACCAACAAAGCGCCCUUCAAUGCCGAGCUGGAGAGACACCAGGAAAUGGCCACACAGAAGUGGGGAUUCAACUUCCGCGCUGGCAAGCCUUUGGCGGAUAGCUCCUCGUUCAUCUGGGAGCUUGUCAGCUUUCAGGAGUCCAGCUUUGCCCCCGAAAUGUACACCCUGACUCGUGCGGCCCACGUACGACCCAGCGAGGAGUCCGGCGCCAGCGAGGUGGAUGCGCUGAUCAAUGAGCGUGCUGAGCGCGAGAACUUUACAGUGAAUGUGGUGAACCCGUCGCUGGAGUCCAACACAGACAACGACUCUUGCUACGACUCCCAGGAUGAGUCGCUUACCGUGCGAUUCACGCCGUCCAGCCUGAGUCAAAGCCUGAGCAGCACAACAUCCGCUCAGGCGCUGCGCAAGCGACAGCCAAAAAUCACAGAGUUCAUGAAGGAGCGCAAGCGACUGGCCCAGGCUCCCAAGAAACUGUCGCCCGCGAAACGCCUGCGCACCACCUCACCAUCAUCCUCUUCCUCCAGCGGAUUCGGACUGGGAGCGCACUUUGGGGCAAUGCUGAAGCGGCCGCGCCAAAAUUAGGGCGCCCGGGUCCCACCACUGCCCCAACGAAUCGAGACUUGCAAUCUGCAAUUGUUUAAUUUUAUUUAAUUUUUUUUAUAUUUUAUUUUUUAUAAGCCACUGCGAUUUGUAGUAAUCUUCUUAUUUUUUACAAACCUUUUAUGCAGUGCAAGGGCGACAGUUGCGAAUAUUAAUUGAUAGUCUUCAACUACUCCUAACCCGUAACCAGUAACUGGUUGUAAGCCAAUAAGAUCGAGCUAAAUGCAACUUUGAAGAUUUCCCUAGUGGGAAAUUCCAUAAACUAAGUGAUUAGUUCUUAACAACCAACAAAACUAAACAAACUAUUGAACCAACAAGAAGAUAAGAGGAAGAUCAAGAGACCGCUAGCUAUAUGGAAUUAUCCUUAACUUUAUUGAAAAGAACCGAAAUUUAACCUUUCUAUCGAUGAAAUUCUAACUUUUAAAACCUGAAAAUCCUGAAAUUCUUUUAAAUUUCGUUAGCAACAUGUGCUUUCGAAAUUUCCUUUAGAUACAAAACUCAUUUUUGCUCGGAUCCGGCAAUUUAUUGAAACUAAACCCCGGACCAGAGCAAAAAUUACUUUUGACUAACUUUAAAAGCCACUAAAACGGGGCCACGGGACUAACAUUGUUCUAAUUCGACCAGUGGAAAAGCCAACAAACUAUGAUUAAGUGCGUAAAUUUCUGGGCUUUUGGCCGUCCUUCAUAUUGAAAGCGGCCGAAUUCCCACAAAUUUUCAAAGCUGUCAUUUCUUAACCAAUGGUAAAAUGUCUUUAUGAGUUGCCAUGAUCUCUGGGGCAAAUUAUGAAAACAGUUUUGCCUACAACUAUUAUGUACAAAAAUUAGAUACUAUAUAGAACCUA